CGUCCUUGAUGUCAUCCGAGACAAUGUCAUUGCUUGAUAUCGCUGCUCCACCUCCGUAUGAAGGCGGUAAUCUAAAUCCUGAUAUCUACCGCCAUGAAAUACUCGACUAUACGUAACCUGAGUUUCGAUGUUGACGACUACGUCAAUCCGUAUCUGCCCCGAUCACAAGUGUACCGUCUACCGCGAUGCAUAGCCUGGUUUCUCGGCUACAGGAAAACCCCACGAAAAGAUGUCGGAAACGUGCUCAUUUGGUGGUGGUCAUUCUUUGGAGCAUUCUGUGGUAUUGCUGCUGUGUGCGCUAUUUUCAAAUACAGCGGAGCGCUCAAGCAUGCCAAUCCACCUAUCAUCAUCGCAAGUUUCGGCGCAUCUGCUGUCCUCGAAUAUGGCGUCAUCGGGUCACCCCUCGGUCAACCUCGAAACUGCAUACUCGGCCACUUUCUGUCAGCCCUGAGCGGCAUUUGUAUCACCAAGCUCUUCAAGUACUCGGACAACUUUGAGGAAAUUAAGUGGCUCGCUGGCGCUGUUGCCGUAGGCCUGGCCUCUAGCGUUAUGACGUUUACCAACACUGCUCAUCCACCUGGCGGAGCGACAGCGCUUCUGGCUGCGAUUGAUCCGGAUGUCGAGGCAAUGGGGUGGACCCUCCUUCCAUAUGUUUUGAUCGGGACUUCUGUCAUGCUUGGGAUUGCUCUCCUUGUUAAUAAUAUCCAGCGAACGUUUCCGGUCUUUUGGUGGACACCGCGAGAUGUCGGUGGGAGGCUGUGGAAUCAAGAGCAGUCGCACCAGCCUGACCUGGAAGCAUUAGAGGAGCAGAAGAUCACUCAUGCUACUGAUCAUGGUAUUCUUGUCGAUGUGAAAGUGUCUGAGACAGGCUUGAGUGGUCAGCAUUAUAUCGGAAACAGUCCACCAGUACUACUACCGCCUGUUAUCGCUCGUUCGAGUCUUUCAAUGCGGUCUACCUCGCUCGACACGACCCUCGAUCGUCAAAUUACAAGUCAAGAUUCGAUCAGUGCGAAUUCUGAAAAUACUAUGGUACAUGAUGGCGCGCGAUGAUCCCGAACUGUUAUGGGAACAACACGCUUAGCAAGGAUGGGUUCUUUGACGAAUUGAUAGCAAACGUGCAGUUGCCCUGGCUACGCGAUGGGUUGGUGCUCGUGCAUUUUCUAUUCACGAUUGCACAUCAGUUCGUUCUGGUCAACGAAUUGUGUUAGCUGGGUUAGGAAGACCAUGGUUCGUAUGAACCGCCAUGAAAAUUAUGUCACCGCUUGCGGCAAUGCGGCCAACCGUCCUUUUGGCCAGCGUAAGCAAAGAGAAAUGGUUCAAACCAGUCGAAAGAGAAUGAACAUGACAUUGUGAUACUGCGAUGUCUUGGUAGAUUAAUCU